AUGUCCUCCACCACUCCCACCACCGCCUCGGCCCCGCCUCCCAGCGCCCGCGCCAGCUUCGGCCUCAUCACGCGCAACGGCCUCGACCUCGCGUCCGCCCGCUCGCGCGCCAUCAUCCUCGCCGCCGUCGAACACGGCCAUUUCACGUCUAGCAGCGCCGGCGCUGCUUACAACACCUCGUCGUCGCUGCCGUCGCUGUCGGACAACAACAAUGACAACAACAAUGACAACAACAACAACAUCAUCAUCAUCCACGCUAUUGCUGCGCAGGCUAUGCGGCAUAGGCACUAUGGUGGAUCUGGUCCUGUGCUCGGUCUCGGCCUUGGGGAUGGCGCGGGUGGCCCUGGGGGUGUGGGUGUGGGUGUGGAUGUGGGUGUGGAUGUGGGUGUGGAUGUGGAUUCUUGGUCGGCGAGGUAUCAGAGGGCGUAUGUUAGGGCGGUAAAGGUGGCGAAGUGGUUGGUGGAGGGGUGUGAGGAGGAGGAGGAGGCGGAGGCGGAGGCGGAGGUGGAGGCGGAGGCGGAGGUGGACUAG